AUGACAACAACAGCACCUCAAGAAUCGCCGUCGUCAAUACCGGAUGAAGCCCCACACACUUCGAGUGAGAAGACGAGGAUAUCCAUAACAGAUGCCACCGACGUUUGCCAACAAGCUCUGCAGCGAGCGGGCUUUACGUACGAACAGUCUGCCAUCAUUACCGACCAUCUCAUCGAUGCAGAGCUCCGGGGGCACCCUUUUGCGGGAAUGGCGCGGGCACUAAGCAUCAUCGACUAUCUGAAGAGCAAUCCGGAGAUGAGACCCCAAGGGCGAGAGAUCGAAGUGACCCGCGAUGGACCGGCGUUUGCUCAUCUCGACGGCCACGACUCUGUAGGUUACUUGGUGGCCAGCCGUGCGACGCAGAUGGCCAUCGGCAAGGCAAAAGCUACCGGUGUUUCGGUCGUCGGCGCCAGCGGCCUCUGGUACACGGGCAACCUGGCAUAUUUCAGUGAGAUGGCAUCCCGAGAAGGCCUGGUGACGUUCAUCGCAUCCAACGGCACUCCCAUCGUCGCACCCCAUGGCGGGGCCGAACCCAAAUUCUGUACCAAUCCGUUCUGCAUCGGCUUCCCUACCUCUGACCGUGAGUCUCCCGUGAUAUGGGACAUUGGCACCAGCAACAUCAUGUACGCGCAGGUGAAACUCGCUGAGCGGCUGGGCACGAGUCUGCCCGCAGGAUCGGCGGUCGACGAGGAGGGCAACUUGACCACAGAUCCUCUCAAGGUUGCGCAGGGCGCUCUGACUGCCUGGGGUGGCCACAAGGGUAGUGGUCUUGCCAUGAUGGUGCAGCUCUUGGGCAUCGCAGCUGGCAGUACCGAACCCCCGCCUUUCCUCUCGGGGUUUGGGCUUUUGAUUGUGGCUUUUGACCCGUGUGUGCUUCAGCCUCUUGAACGUGUACAGCGAGACGUAGACCGGUUUUGUGAGAAUAUCAGAGCCACCAAGAUGCUCCCCGGCUAUGGACCUGCGAGAAUGCCAUUUGAGAGGAGCGCACAAGCAAGACGGGAGGCGAAAGAGCAAGGCUGGUUCACCGUGCCGGAGGAGGUGAUUAGGCAGCUUAAGUUGUUAUAG